AUGAGCCUCGAUUGGCUCCAAGAACGGAUCCACGACAAGAAGCACUUCACGGCUCGCCACUUGGGCCACGUGGCAGAAGUGUCCGGAAUGCAGCCGGAUUCGAUCGCCACCAUUUUUUGCGCCGUCUCUUUUCUCAUUCUCACUUUCAGCGAUCAGGUACACAUUCAUCGGACCCUUUCUUCAGGCGACUUCCUGUUUUCCAGGCACAUUUUUUUGCCAAUCUGCUGCUUGUCGGAGUUCCGUUGUUGCUCGUUUUCGUUUAUCCCGACGAGAAGCCAUCCGACGACUCAUUCGUUUUCUACUUUCCCAUCUAUGGAGGACUCACCUUGUUUGACAGAACUCUAGAGUGCAUUCCGUGCUACUACGUCUGGAAAAUUUCUUUAUUUCUUCUUUUCUUCCUGCCUCCGUAUACAUUGCACGAACACCUCAAUGGUCUGCUCAUUCAAAAAGAGACCGGUGGGUCUCAAAUGUCUCAAAGCAAAAAAAGUUAUCAGAAAUCCUCUGCGAGAGAAUCGUCCACAAGGACUGCAAUUGCAGCAGUAACUUCUCCAAUUCUAACGGUAAGUAUCCACUCGGAGGCCACGAAAAUCAGAUUUUCAUUCAGAAAUCGGACCAGUCAGUGGAGUCAACCCAACGCUCCGUUUCUCCGGCACUUCAGUCGACUUCAUCUAAACCAAAGUCUUCUGAAGUGAAAGUGACGACAAUUGAAGAGUAUUACCGAGAGGAAGAGCUUCUUUCCCCAAACGGAACGGUCAUCGAACGCGUGGUGUCUGGUCCGUUUCGAAGGGAAAGUUCUAGAACGGAGAGCAAGAAGAGCUCGUCGUGAAGCGAACUUCGUCAAGUGGCUAUCUGUAA